GGGGCGCUCGCCCGCCGGGCCCUGCUGCCCGGCGCGGCCCUCUGAAGAGACGCUCUCGCCUCCGUGCGGGACGGUGCUUGACCGUCACGCAGCUGCACGCCCACCCCUUUCUCCUCUUUCUAGGCACCGCGCGUUUUUUUCUCUUUUUCGGGCGAAGUAACUUUUGCAUUCCCGCCUCCCCCGAGUCCUGGGGACCAGAGGCGGCGCCGAGCCUGGGGGCGGUUCCUUGGCAGCGUCGGUUCUCGCCGGAGCCAGACUUUUGCUCCUGGGCUGGGUUUGCAUCAUCCCCAUCACACCCUCAGGAGAGAGGAGCCGGCCCCUUUCAGCCUCGGCUUCCGGCUCGGAGCAGAUCCCCCUCCCCCUCCCAGGCCCCCUCCCCUCCUCCGUCCUUCCCGGCCCGCCGCGUUUCCUCAGUCCUCGCCCUCCACCCCGCAGUAUUUUCUUUCUCUCGUCCUCCUCUCCUCCAUUCGUGGUUUUACGUUUCCCACUCUUUGAAGAAGGAUGGUUGAUUUGGAGAGCGAAGUGCCCCCUCUGCCUCCCAGGUACAGGUUUCGGGAUUUGCUCUUAGGGGACCAAGGAUGGCAGAAUGAUGACAGGGUGCAAGUUGAAUUCUAUAUGAACGAAAAUACAUUUAAAGAGAGACUAAAGUUAUUUUUUAUCAAAAACCAGAGGUCAAGUCUAAGGAUACGGCUGUUCAAUUUUUCUCUCAAAUUAUUAAGCUGCUUGCUAUAUAUAAUACGAGUGCUGCUAGAAAACCCUUCACAAGGAAAUGAAUGGUCUCAUAUCUUUUGGGUGAACAGAAGUCUACCUUUAUGGGGCUUACAGGUUUCAGUGGCAUUGAUAAGUCUCUUUGAAACAAUCCUACUUGGUUAUCUCAGCUAUAAGGGAAACAUCUGGGAACAGAUUUUACGAAUACCCUUCAUCUUGGAAAUAAUUAACGCCGUUCCCUUCAUUAUCUCAAUAUUCUGGCCUUCCUUAAGAAAUCUAUUUGUCCCAGUCUUUCUAAAUUGUUGGCUUGCCAAACACGCCUUGGAAAAUAUGAUUAAUGAUCUACACAGAGCCAUUCAGCGUACACAGUCUGCAAUGUUUAAUCAAGUUUUGAUUUUAAUAUCUACAUUACUAUGCCUUAUCUUCACCUGCAUUUGUGGAAUCCAGCAUCUGGAACGAAUAGGAAAGAAGCUGAAUCUCUUUGACUCCCUUUAUUUCUGCAUUGUGACAUUUUCUACUGUGGGCUUUGGGGACGUUACUCCAGAGACCUGGUCCUCCAAGCUUUUUGUCGUUGCCAUGAUCUGUGUUGCUCUCGUGGUUCUCCCCAUCCAGUUUGAACAGCUGGCCUAUUUGUGGAUGGAGAGACAGAAGUCAGGUGGAAACUAUAGCCGACACAGAGCUCAAACCGAAAAGCAUGUUGUUCUGUGUGUCAGCUCGCUGAAGAUUGAUUUACUCAUGGAUUUUUUAAAUGAAUUCUAUGCUCACCCAAGACUCCAGGAUUAUUAUGUGGUGAUUUUGUGUCCCACUGAAAUGGAUGUGCAAGUUCGAAGGGUCCUGCAGAUUCCCAUGUGGUCCCAGAGAGUCAUCUACCUUCAGGGUUCAGCCCUGAAAGAUCAGGACCUGUUGAGAGCAAAGAUGGAUGAUGCCGAGGCCUGUUUUAUUCUGAGCAGCCGGUGUGAAGUGGAUAGGACAUCAUCUGACCACCAAACAAUCUUGAGAGCAUGGGCUGUAAAAGAUUUUGCUCCUAAUUGCCCUUUGUACGUCCAGAUCUUAAAGCCCGAAAACAAAUUCCAUAUCAAAUUCGCUGAUCAUGUUGUUUGUGAAGAAGAGUUUAAAUACGCCAUGUUAGCUUUAAACUGUAUAUGCCCAGCAACCUCUACACUCAUUACACUGCUGGUUCAUACCUCUAGAGGGCAAGAAGGCCAGCAGUCGCCAGAGCAGUGGCAGAAGAUGUAUGGCAGGUGCUCUGGGAAUGAAGUCUACCACAUCGUUUUGGAGGAAAGCACAUUUUUUGCUGAAUAUGAAGGAAAGAGCUUCACAUAUGCUUCUUUCCAUGCACACAAAAAGUUUGGUGUCUGCUUGAUCGGCAUCAGGCGGGAGGACAAUAAAAACAUUUUGCUGAAUCCAGGUCCUCGAUGCAUCAUGAACGCUACAGAUAUUUGUUUCUAUAUCAAUAUUACCAAAGAGGAGAAUUCAGCAUUUAAAAACCAAGACCAGCAGAAAAAAAACAAUGUAUCAAGGUCGUUUUAUCAUGGACCUUCUAGAUUACCUGUACAUAGCAUUAUUGCCAGCAUGGGUACUGUGGCCAUAGACUUGCAAGACACAAGCUGUAGAUCAGCAAGUGGUCCUACCCUGUCUCUUCCUACAGAAGGAAGCAAAGAAAUCCGAAGACCUAGUAUUGCUCCCGUUUUAGAGGUUGCAGAUACGUCAUCCAUUCAAACAUGUGAUCUUCUAAGUGAUCAAUCAGAAGAUGAAACUACACCAGAUGAAGAAGUGUCCUCAAACUUGGACUACGCUAAAGGCUACCCACCUUACUCUCCGUAUAUAGGAAGUUCACCCACGUUUUGUCAUCUCCUUCAUGAAAAAGUGCCAUUUUGCUGCUUAAGGCUAGACAAGAGUUGCCAGCAUAACUACUAUGAGGACGCAAAAGCCUAUGGAUUCAAAAAUAAGCUAAUUAUAGUUGCAGCUGAAACAGCUGGGAAUGGAUUGUAUAAUUUUAUUGUUCCUCUCAGGGCAUAUUAUAGACCAAAGAAAGAACUUAAUCCCAUAGUACUGCUAUUGGAUAACCCCCUAGACGACUUGCUCAGGUGUGGGGUGACUUUUGCUGCCAACAUGGUGGUCGUGGACAAGGAGAGCACCAUGAGUGCCGAGGAAGACUACAUGGCAGACGCCAAAACCAUCGUCAACGUGCAGACCCUUUUCAGGUUGUUUUCCAGUCUCAGUAUUAUCACAGAGCUCACCCACCCAGCCAACAUGAGAUUCAUGCAAUUCAGAGCCAAAGACUGUUACUCUCUUGCUCUUUCAAAGCUGGAAAAGAAAGAGAGAGAGCGAGGUUCUAAUUUGGCCUUUAUGUUCCGACUGCCUUUUGCUGCUGGGCGGGUGUUUAGUAUCAGCAUGCUGGAUACACUUCUUUACCAGUCCUUUGUGAAGGACUACAUGAUUUCCAUCACCAGACUCCUGCUGGGAUUGGACACGACACCCGGGUCGGGGUUUCUUUGCUCUAUGAAGGUCACGGAGGAUGACUUGUGGAUCAGAACCUACGCCAGACUUUAUCAGAAGCUGUGCUCUUCCACCGGGGACGUUCCCAUUGGGAUCUACAGGACCGAAUCGCAAAAGCUCGCGACGUCUGAGUCUCAGAUCUCCAUCAGCGUGGAAGAGUGGGAAGACACCAGAGAUGCCAAAGAGCAGGGUCACCCCCGAGGAAACCACCGCAACUCGACCUCCAGCGACCAGUCCGACCACCCCUUGCUGCGGAGGAAGAGCCUGCAGUGGGCCCGGAGACUGAGCCGGAAAGGUCCCAAACACUCCGGUAAAACAGCUGAGAAAAUAACCCAGCAGCGGCUGAACCUCUACAGGAGGUCAGAAAGACAAGAGCUUGCUGAACUUGUGAAAAAUAGAAUGAAACACUUGGGGCUUUCUACAGUGGGCUAUGAUGAAAUGAACGAUCAUCAAAGUACCCUCUCCUAUAUCCUGAUUAACCCGUCUCCAGAUACCAGGCUGGAGCUGAACGACGUCGUAUACUUAAUACGACCUGAUCCCUUGGCCUACCUACCAAACAAUGAACCCAGUCGAAAAAACAGCAUCUGCAACACCACUGGCCAAGACUCUCGGGAGGAAACUCAGCUUUGAUAAAAAGAAAAUGAGACUUAUUUUUUCCUACAAGGAUCUUGCUUGAAACAACCCUAAAUCCUAGAAAAACAAAAGUGUUGCUGGCAUGAAAAUAAACUAGAUUGGAACAUAUCCCGUUCUUUCACAUUUAAAAAAAAUUCUGUUCUCCUAGAAGUAUAGAUUAUUUUGAAAUUUAAAGUACUGCUUCUUGGUACUCUUCCUAUUAAUAUCUGAGAGACCUCAAUGGAAUGCUUCUGAAAACGUAAAUUAAGACAUAAACAUUUAAACCUAAUGCUGAAUUGUUUAACAGUAAUGCAAACCAUACGAAGCCAGUUUUUUAACAGUUUGAAGGUUUUACUGAAAGGAAACUAGAAACCCAACUAUAUUUGGUGCAUCACAAAGGAAGUAGAAGAUGUUACUCCUCUUAAAAUUAAAUGUGUCGUAAUAUAUUCUUUAAAUUUGCCAUUUUUUAAAAUGAGCUAAUCAUAAAUGCUUAGUCCUCUCUACACAGAGAUUAACAAAAAAGUUGUGUGCUGGACUUUUAUGUAAGAAUCAUAGUUUGCUUUAGAAUAGACAUCUUUAAGUCAUUUUCACCUUUUUCUUGCUUUCUCAUAUGAUAUAUUAUUUUAGAAUUUGAGCUGCUCAUGGAGUGUUUUAUUACUCUGAGUAAACCAAAACAAACACAAAAGAAAAAUCAAAUACAUGAACUUUUCCCAACUUUAGAUGUGACAUACACUGUAUGCCAAGAAAGGUGUACUAAAGAAGAUGUAUGUCUUAUUCUCCUGCGAGAAUGCCUAACAUAAAGUACUUCACCGCAUUUGUCAGCUUAAAUGUAAUCCAAGAAUUGAAACGUUCACUGAAAUAGUCACGAUUCCAUUAGACUCUUGAGCUUUAGCAUUUUUGUAUGUCUACAUAGUGUAUUUCAUUAAAAAGAUGAUAUUAAAAGAAACAAAAUUCUACUUUUUUAUAGAAGACAUUUCAAAACAUUAUUAGUCCUCCUUCUUUAUGCACUUGAUAUGGAAAUAAUCACAUACCAAAAAUCGGUAUAUUAAAAGUUUUGAUCUAAUUUUGGAAAAUUAUAGGAACUAUGUUGUAACACUAUGAGGGAAAAGUAUAAAAUGAAAAUAGGUAGUUUUUGCCAUUUACAUUUACUGUAAAGCCUACAGAAUUUGACAAGAAUAGAGAAAAGCCAACCUUUGAUGACACUAAUGCUUUUACCUGUAUUGCAUUCCUCCCCUUCAGAAACAAGCAGAAAAGCACAGAUCACACUUUGCCAGGUAGUUGAAAUGUGUGUUGUUACUCUCAUAAAAGAGAUAUUGAGAAAUUUAAAAAGAUGUUUUCCUCUAAUUUUGUAUUUUUUUUAUUUCUGAACUUCACAUUGAUUUUUAAUUCAACGGAUAAUAGGAUAGAUAAGAUUAGAAAGAGACCAUUUAUGCUCUCUUUUCACAAAGAAGCAGAUAAAUUGAAAGAAAAAUAGAAUAAUUAAAAAAAAUACCACCUAAUAUUCCCCAAAUAAAUCUAUGGAAAUAAAAAUAUAAAACGUAAAAUGGGAAAUUAUAAACUAUAGCCAUUGUGUAAUUUGGCUUUGAAAAUAUGAAAUGCCUAUUUGUCGUUGCUGUUUUUGUUUAGUGUUUUACGUUACUCUCAUUUUAGAAUAACAAGAACGCUAAGAAUUUCUUCUAAAACAAGGAGCACCUAUAGUUAAUUUUUUUUUAGCCAGACAAGGAAGUAGAAUAUGUAACGAAUUACUUAAAAUCAGAAGCUUACCUGAAGACAAAGAUUGUGUGCAUAUGUAAGUGUGUAUGUUACAAAACACAGGUGAAGUAUAUCUGACAAACAUAUUCACAUGUAAAUUAUUCAAGCUAAAGGCAGAAUUUAAUAUAUGUAAUGGAGAACAAUAAUAAAUUUAAUGAACUUGUUGCAUAUUUGCUCAUAUUCCAGUCAAAUGUUUCCUUGAGUUACCAUUUAUUUCCUCCACUACAGUUAUGUUUAGGGAUAAAUGUAAGAAUUUAUGAAUCUUCUGUUUCCCCUCAAGAUCUCUAAUUGAGUAUUUUUGCAUUAUGACCGUUGUCAAGACUAGGAUUUUAAGCUAGGACUGACUAUAUUUACUAUGAAACUAAAAAUUUUGUUUCAUAAAUUUUACAAUAAUUAUUUUUGAUUAUGAAUGUUAGCCCAAAUUUAAUACUUGACACAAUUCAUAUCAGCUUGCUGUAAUAAUGAUCAUUUAUUAGUCUUUCUGUUAUUUAAAGAAUAAAAACAUACUUAUAAAAGCCUUUUAACAAAGUUGCCUUUUUAAUAUACUUGCACAUGGAAAUAAAAUAUGAAGUUAACAAUAGUUCUUGUAACCCUAUAGGGUUUGGUUCUGUUUAUUGUCUCUGUACCAUUUUGC